AACGUAAAUAACUGCAAAUAUGAUGGCUGCGUGUGUUGUGCCAAUUAUUAAAAUUUAAAAGUAGUUACAUUAUGUGUUAUUUUUCUAAAGUGAUUGAAAAUUAUAAGUGUAUAAUAAAUCACAUAGUGUCGAAUAAAUAUUUAGUUGUUGGGAAAUAAUCUAUCUAAAGUGUUAUAUGGAUAUACCUGUAAUUUCACCUGCCACAUUUCAGUAAUCUAUGCAUAAUUUAAAAUAUGGAUUGUUGGUAUCAAGAAAAUGAAAAGGAAAACUCUAACAAACGCAAUUCAAACACACAAUACCUACCAAGCAAAUGUAGAACUACCCGACCACCACCUCCAACACCAGCAACCAACCCCUUACAGUUUGUAAAAGUUGCUCCUCCACCAUUGAUUCAGAAGGCUCAAGAACAGGUUAAAAAGGUUGAACUAGUUAAAUCAGUUAGAAAAGACUUUAAGGAAGAUGAAGAAGACUGGCAGCAAAAUUUAGAUAACUGGAAGAGUAGCAGAAGAAAACGCCAAGAACAUAUCAUUGAAAGGGUUGUAGAAGUGAAAAAGAUCACACAGGAAGAACAAGAUAAAGGAAGAAAGAAGAGUAAGACCUUUAACGAAAUAUUGGAAGAAAGAAGUAAAAGGGGUUAUCGUUUAAAAUUGCCGAUAUACGAAGAUGAAGACUCAGAUUUCACUAGUUAUGUAGGAAGUAGUAAAAGUCAAACUGAUGUUUCAAAAGAAGUUAAAAAAGAAGAACAUGAAAAAGUUGAAUUAUCAGACAAAAGUAUUCAAAAUAAUAAUGAAGAUAACGAAGAGUCACAAAGAAAAGAAGACAGUCAAUUAGAAAAAGAAAAAAAUGUUCGAAAAAAUUAUUUUCAGUGUAAUUUCGAUAACGAGAAAACUAUCAAAGAUGAAAUUAGCAGCCAAAUAAGUUUGUCCAAUGAAAAACCAAAAACCAUUUCGUCUGAAUCAUUUAUAGAUUCAAAAUUUAUUAAUAACAAUGACAACAAAUUCGGUAAAAGCAACCAAGAAGUAAUCAGUUCAAGUUUAGAUAAUAUGCAACAGUAUACGUACGAAAGCGCUAUUGAAGGUUAUCGAAGUCGAAUCAAAUCUAAAAUUAAAAUAGACGAGUCCAUAUUUAACAAGCCCUCUGAAUAUAAACCGAUAGCUAAAGUUGACGUCCCAAUUCCUAAAGGAGUUCUAUUUAAACGUAAAGAAAUAUUUGAAGUCGAAAAACCAAUAGCAAUCGGACAUUUAGAAUCGCUAACAUCCAAAAGAUUGUCCGAAGAUUUUGCAAACUCACAAAGUAUCAAAGAGAGGCUGAAAAGUUUAGAAAAAUGUACAGAACAAUCGUUAACAAGAAACAUUGAAAGAGACCCCACAGGGAUUAAAUGGAAUAACCCUUCGAAUGACGAAAAUGAUAAUAAGACGAUCAAAACAGAGACAAUAACUCAAUCAGUUGAAGAAGAAAAUCUAAAGUCAAGAACUAAACAAAACGAUAAGUCAAACGUUAGACACGAGGAACGUACUACUCGAGUUGAAAGAAGUUUUAGCCCAGAAACAGAACUUUAUAUGAACAAACUAAAUGUAUUCAGCAAAGAUCUUGAUGACUUACUAGAAAAGACUGGUAAUAGAAUUGCACCCAAUGACAUAAGCAAUGGUUUUUAUGAAAGUCCGAAUCCUUCUCUUCUUGGAGACGGAAUAGGCACAGCAUCUUCAGAUAGGGAAGAUAGUGGAAUACACACCGCAGAUGUUUCUUGUUCUGUAAGUCAGGCAGACGAAUCCACUUAUGAAGUUGAAGACAGUGAUUUUUUAUCACCAACAGCACUGAAUCGUUCACAGAAAUUUGACGUUGAAACAGAGAUACACGAGUUAAAUAACGAAAAUGAACAAAAGAAUGAAAAUAUUGAACCAAAUGAAAUAAAAAACGAUAUAGCUACUGCUCAUAGCGAAAUUAAGAGAACAAACAACAAAGAGCUAACAGCGAAGACAAAAUAUUUUCUAGAACAACUUCAAAAAGAAGCCGCAAUCGAUUUAGAACUGGAACGGAAAUGGAAACUGACUACAAAUGUCAUGACGCGCUCUCCAACCUCAGAAACAACCACCGAUUUGAAAAAGGUCGAGCCAAUCAUUAGUAAUAGAUCUGAAAAAGAUACACAUGCAAACGCCAAUACGAACACUCCCCUAAUAUUGGAUUAUAUCGACGAAUUAGAGUUAUCUAAUUCUCCACUAGCACCACCAAAGGCUGUUGAACCACCGAAAGAAAAACCACCACCUCCACCACCACUAGACCAGGAAGACUAUCAAGAGAAAGCAAAAGCAUUCAACUCCACCAAAAGAAUCAAAAAAGAAAUUUACGUGAAACGUUCAAGUUUUUUGGGUCUGGAUGAACCAACAGACGAUCAAAUUGAUCCUGAUAUUAGCAUUGAAAGACCGCCAGAUAUAAAUAGAUUUCUUCAGGAAGAAUCUCAAAUGGAGAAAUGCUUGUACAGAAAGUUACACGGAAGUAGGGAGAUGAUUAGCGAAGUAGAAAGCCAGGAUUCAGGAUUAGAAAGUGAGCGCGGAAGGCUCUCUAGCGACACGUGGUGUAGCAACGGGACAUCCGCACAUUUUAGGCAAGACAGUGAGCAGACCAAUAGUGUAACAUCUGAAGAAGAUGAAGUAACCAGAAAAGAACGAGAGAUAAUCGAAUUAGUAGAGAAAGAAGAAAAGUCAAAAACAGCCAUCACAAACUUAGAAAAAGGCGACUUAGAAUCGAUCCAUUACAGACGCAGGCGCAACUUUCCUUUGUGUAACGAGUAUUAUCCUGUUGAUGCGGGCAGCUCGACAACUUACUGUAAUUCAACAUUAAGUGAUACUGAUUUAGAGGUGAUGCGAGUAGAACAAGAAUUAAAUCGGUUAGAACGAAAACAUGUGGAAAGUCAAAAUUAUAUGUUAGCCCAGUGUGGCUCGCCAUCAAGAAGCCAGUGCCGAAACUCACUGGAAAACAUAUGUGACACAGACGCUUGCUCCCCAUAUGCAACAGCAGAAAACUAUCGAAAAUCUUUACCAGACCUGUACCACGACUAUAAACCAUCCUCUACCAAUUGUUCUUAUCGCAAAUCAAUGCCAGACAUAAAUCAAACACCAUACCUAAGUUUUAAGAAACAUGAAAGUAUCCCUAUGUAUGCUUUGGAAUAUCGUAAAUCUAUGCCAGAGUUGGAAGGGAUUUAUCCACGACCGGCAAUCACUUCCCAUUUGAAAGAGGCGUAUCCUUCCAACUGCGAGAAUAAACAAGCUUAUAUAGAAUGUGUAGAACCACCGAAUAUGGGUGGAAAAAUGAAACUAAAGCAACCAGUUUCGAAACACGAGGCCCAUGCUUUAAGUGCUGCUCCAAAACAAAAACAUAUUCCUAAUGAUAUUUGGAUUCAACCAAAAGUCAAUACAGAAACAAAAAAUUAUAAUCAACAUUGGCUGCUUCAGGAAGCGGAAUUAAGAAGAAUCGAAGAACAUCAGAAGAACCGUGGUCAUCAAGGACAUCUAAAAUGGCAGCUACCGGCUAGGCCAGAGCAACAGCAUAUUCCUGAUCCAAUAAUAGAAACUCUUACUCAUAGACUUCAAAAUAGAACUGGCGAAAAUCGUCGCCAAUUUUUGCGAAGGCCUCAGCCUACACUUGGAAAUAAAGACUGUAAUCGUUUUGUAUAUUUAACACAUGAUCAUAAUCUUAAUCAUGGCGUUUCUAAAUCGUAUUCAUCACCUCUUCAUUUACAAGAAUCUCAAAAUCAGUUGUUAAGCGUUAGCGGAAAAAAGAAAUGUUCUUAUUGUGGAAUUGAAUUGGGGCGAGGGGCAGCUAUGAUAAUAGAAAGUCUCGCUCUAUUUUAUCACAUGGAAUGUUUUAAAUGUUGCGUGUGUCAUGUUCAGUUGGGCGACGGUUUGAUGGGGACAGAUGUAAGAGUUAGAAACCAAAAAUUGCACUGCCAUAACUGUUACUCCAGCGAUGACGGUGUUAAAUUUAGUUGCGUUUAAAAACGCAUAUGAAAAUUAAAUUAUAUCUGUUAAAAUUUUCCCGAAAGUUGCUGUACAAAAGAUAAAAAAAUACAGUUUGUAAUAUAAUAUAUAUUCAAUCACCAUUAUUAUGUAAAUUUCACCUUAUGUAUGUAUGUGUAUUAAUGUAAUUAUAAUAGCUUAUUAUACAAGGCGGUCCACGAUCAUUCUUGUACAAUUAUGGCUUUGAUAUUGAUGAUAGUCAUAAAAUCAUUUUCAAAUAUACAAAUAUACCCCUUAUUAUCUCGUGAAAAUGCCCGUUAAGGUAUUUUUUGCGGGAGAACGACAUAUUUUUGUUUUAAAUAUAUGUUUAGUUCCAUUUAUUAUGAUCUAAGUUAAAAAAUACUCGUUAUGGUAAUUUGGUUUUAUGUGUUGCAUUAUUUAGUUAUUACUCGCUGUAUGUUUGAAAAUAAUUUUAAACAAUUCUGGAUUUCGUACAAUUUUUUAAAAGCCAUAUUUCUCAUUCAAAAUCGUGAAUCAGCCUGUAUAUAAAAAAGAUGUAUAAGAAGUUAUAUGGUUGAGACACACUGUAGAUAAUUAAUAUGUAAAAAACAAGAGUAGAUAAGUGUACAGUAAUCUAUGCAUACUACACCAAA